AUGUGGUCGCAUCUACGCGAUUUACCGUUAGCAGAUCCCGAUCCCUCUUGUAAUCACCCGAUUCAUGUACUAAUCGGCGCGGAUUUAUACGGGUCGUUGCUGCUCGACGGCCUCCGUCAAGGCCCGGUCGGCACCCCGACGGGCCAGCUUACUGUUUUCGGGUGGAUCGUCUCCGGUCCUACCGGCACCGCACACCCAGCCGGAGAGUCCGCUCCCGUUUUGAAUUGCGUAUCCUGCGAGGAUACGAAUUCCUUGAUUCAAAGUUUUUGGGAGGACGAAAGUAUCCCCUCUCAAAAUCCUCUCACCGAAAAGGAAGAACGUUGCGAAAAUCAUUUCGCUAGUACGCAUUCUCGCGAUUCUCAAGGACGUUACAUUGUUCGUUUGCCGUUCAAGAACGGCCCCCCUUACAUAAGCGAAACUUUUCGAAAGACUUCUUUCUUGUACUCCAAAAUGGAGCGCCGACUCUCGCAGAAACCCGAGAUCGCCGCUCAGUAUCACGAUUUCCUCAAGGAGUACGAAUCCAUGGGGCACAUGGAGAAGGUACACGCCGACGAGCCCUCUCGAUACUCCCCGGUCCCGUAUCACACUAGCGGAUCGCGGCGCGACUGCGAUUGCGUCUGCGAUUGCGACUGCGAUUGCGAUUGCGACUGGCUACUGUCCAAUCAUAUUGCAGCUGCCGCGGUGGCGCAGUUUACGCUUUUCGUUGAUUGGAAUUCGUGUGACCUGUCGCAACAGACCGAACAGACCAACGGAAAGCCGGUUGUUACUUUUGUUACAUGCCAUUACAUGCGAUAA